UGAGCGGAACGGCCGCCGUUCUGCACUGGCUGCAUGCAUGGCAGUAGGGAGCCUGCACUUUCUGGUGCGCAUCCUCGCUGCUAACGACAAUCAUGAGACCCCCGCUAACUUUACCAGAAAAAAACGUCGAAUGGGUCUUCGGUACUGACUGUUCAAGUGACAAACUGAUGGUUGCGUCUACUUGAGUGGCCAGCAGAGUGGUGAUCAGUUUUCGAGCGACGGCCACUGGAAGCUGGUGGUGCUCUCGUAGUCCAGGUCCAGGAGGAGGGAGUUGCAGUCCUCCGCGUACCAGUGCUUACUCCGCAGCCAGCCUAGGAGGAGCAGCGGUCAAGAAAGGAGCCACCCUCAGAGGAACUCGCAGAAAGCAAUCAGUUCUGUUCCAACUGCCCUCAAGUCGUCUGCGCGAUGGAGAGUCACGACGGCAUUUCCGUGACGUUCCAGUGUGGCCUCUUUCGUGAACAACAACUUGUUGCCACCAAAGAACUUAGCCAGCUACGGCAGCAAGCGCUCAUCUUCUUGGAGAGAAAGUACCCCGAUCAUCCGUACAUAAACCUGAGUGGUUCGCUGACUCUGUGCGUCGUCGAUUCGACGGACAACGCAGACCAGUUGCCGUUCCGACGCAUCAACAGUGUUAGCGAUCUGAAGAAUGACUGCAUCGUGGGCAUAAGUUUAUCAACACGUGCCCAAGUCAGCGAGACACGGAUAUGCCCGCACUCGCUCUCUGUCCACUCGUACCGGUCACCGGCGUUCUGCGACUUUUGCGGACAGAUGCUGUUUGGCCUGAUCCGCCAGGGCCUGAAAUGCAGUGGCUGUGGCUACAACUAUCACAAGCGAUGUGCUUACAAGAUUCCCAACGACUGCUCUGGUCGCAAAAGCCAGCAAAACCAGCACCAUUCUCCGAACGGCAGUAUAUCAACGCUCAGUGCCAAGCACUACGCAGGAAGCUUUGACAGUGUAUCUUCGUCCUCAGCCACCAUGCCCGCCUCGGUGACCAGCAGCCAGGUGACGAUUGACGAAACCUCUUCGACAAACAGCAGCACCAUGUCGUCUUCGCCCUCUACCAUUACGCGUGCUUCGCCUGCCUCGCCGCCUGCCCUGGCACCACGGCGUUCCAAGUCCUGGAGUGGCAGGCCACCGUGGAUCGACAGAGCGCUUGCCGGACAGGCGGGCAGUGUGCAAGUGCCGCACACGUUUGUCGUGCACAGCUUCAAGCGACCCACCGUCUGCAUGUACUGUCGUCGUCUUCUUGUCGGUGUGUUCCGGCAGGGAAUGCGUUGCAAAGAUUGCAAAUACAAUGUUCACCGCCGGUGCAUGGAGUUAGUGCAGAAGAAUUGCACUGGAGAAAUCAUUGAAGAGCUGCUACAUUUGGAGGAAAGUGGCCGCUCCAGCGAUAACAACAGUGAAGCGCUGUCCAGUGUGGACGAGAGUGUCGACGAGGCCAACGAAAAACAUGCGGAGAAUGCAUCGCCAUCGAAGAGCAACAAUGGCAGCAGCAGCAGCAGCAGCGGUGGCAGGCGGCCUGAGCAGAAUGGAACCAGCUCCGAUGGUCAGGUCACUAGUCCUAUACAUCAGAGUGGGACGUCGUCGUCGUCCGACAAAGUGUCCCUGCACGUCAGCGAGAGCAACACGUCGUCCAACAUCCCGCUGAUGCGCAUUGCCAUGUCCGCCAACUACUCCAAGCGCUCGGAGGUGCGCGACGUGAUCAAGGAGGGCUGGGUGGUGCACUUCACGUCCCUUGAUCCCCAUCGUAAGCUGCUGUACUGGCGACUGGAUGCACGCACCAUACUGAUGUACAAAUCGCCGGAGAGCACACGUGUCCACAAGGAGAUCGCUCUCUCCAACAUUCUGAUGAUCGGGGUACCAACCUCGGCCACUCCGGUACCUCCCAACAGCACUCCACAUUGCUUUGAGUUCAACAUGCCCAAGGAUAUGGUGUUCUAUGUUGGUGAGCGGGUACCGUCACUAGAACGAAGCUCGUUGCUCAGCAAUGGUGCGAUUGCACUCCCAGAACGCUGCUCCUGGACCCUGCGUGAUGCUCUGAAGCAAGCGGUGGGUGAGCAGCAGGGAACGCCGUGGGAGAAGGCUAUCCGUGCCGCUUUCAUGCCCGUAACUCCCAAGCCAAGUGUCAAGACUGUUGUCAGUGUGACCGAGUCUGCGUCGCCACGCGGUCCUCCCAGCACAGACAUUCACAAUGAUUCCAGCAUCACACAGCAUCCUGAUGCGCAACAUACUCAGUCCGUCCGUCAGUAUGAGUCACCGAAUGUUGACAUCAGCAUCAUGUACCAGAUCUUCCCGGAUGAGCCACUUGGCUCCGGCCAGUUUGGAAUCGUGUAUGCUGGUGUACACCGACUGUCUGGAAGACAAGUUGCCGUGAAGGUGAUUGACAAACUGCGAUUCCCAUCAAAACAGGAGUCCGCAUUGAAGAAUGAAGUAGCAAUCCUGCACUCGCUGAACCAUCCGGGCGUCGUCAACCUAGAGCGCAUGUUUGAGACGCCUGAUCGUGUGUUCGUUGUCAUGGAAAAGAUGGAGGGUGACAUGCUGGAGAUGAUCUUGUCCAGCAAUGGCGGAAGACUCAGUGAACGUACCACUCGUUUCCUAGUUUUCCAGAUCUUGAUUGCUCUGCAACACCUGCAUAGCAAGAACAUAGUGCACUGCGACCUGAAACCGGAAAACGUCUUGCUGAAAGGAGACAUGAGCAUGCCGCAGAUCAAGCUUUGCGACUUUGGCUUUGCCCGUAUCAUCGGCGAGAAGGGCUUCCGCAAGUCGGUCGUCGGCACUCCGGCGUAUCUAGCGCCGGAAGUGCUAAGCAGCAAGGGCUACAACCGAUCGCUGGACAUGUGGUCUGUUGGAGUGAUCACCUACGUCAGCUUGAGUGGCACGUUUCCGUUCAAUGAGGACGAGGAGAUAGCGGAUCAGAUCAAGAACGCUGCCUUCAUGUACCCAGAGAAUCCAUGGGGAGAGAUCAGCAAGGACGCUAUCGAACUGAUCAACUGCCUGCUUCAAGUCAACCAGAAGAGACGCUACACAGUGGUCAAGGCUCUCCACCACACCUGGCUGCAGACUCGCCAAACUUGGCUAGACCUGCGUGGCUUGGAAGGUCAGGUCGGACAUCGCUAUCUCACACAUCCUGUCGAGGAUGCCUACUGGCAGUCGAACUCCGCCAUCGAAGCUAGUAAGAAUCCGGCUGGGGGCAAGCAGGCCGAUUACUUUGCCCAAUCGAAUCGGUCCACAACAACCAUUGAUGAGCGCCACGAGGGAGGCCAUCACUAAAGCAAUCUUGAACAGCUAAUAUCUCAACCACUGAAGUGUGAUAAUAUCUAGUGCAACGAAAGUGUACGAUUUUCUCUAAAGUGAGCUGGCAUCCCAGUCUACUACUCUGUUGCUACUGUGGACGCGGUUGAUACGUCGUGCACAUGCGACAUCCAUGCGACUAAGAUUUAUGUGACUUUUACAAGAGUGCCCUAUGACUGGAGACUCGAGAUGCAUACUCUUCGACUUUCUUUCGAUGCUGAUGACUUUUCGCAGCACUAUAUUUUGUGACAAGGCCUUGCAGUAAUAUAUGCACUUCAAGUGUACUUAUCAAUAACGGAGGCCUCAAUUGCUUCAACACUCUCUCCCUCUCUCUCUCUCUCACGCUCCCUCUCUCUGCAUUGACUUUCUCCGCAUACUAUUAGAUAAUACUGUUGUUGAGAUUGCAGCAUGCAGCCGGGGUCUGUUGCAAUUCCCAUUUCCGUAUGCAACCAGUGAUCAUUAAAAUGUCUUCUCAUUCUUUUGAUUGCUAUGCCAGCUCCGCUUCCUUUCCAAAUAGCUUAGUGUGCUCCUCGAAUGAAACGCAAUGGUAUAUUCUGCUGUUGGUGCAUGGUAACCGUAGGGGUUCAUGUAAACUGGCAUAGGCUUUUUAUCAUUCUUACACCCCACCUCUCCUCUCACAGCCUAUACCUGGGAGCAGAACAUUGUGUGGUGCUGCCGUAUGCCUCUGAGGUUGAUAUCUCUGAGUUGAUAUAGAUUGCACAUGUACAGACAGUAGUAUCUGCUCAGUUCCUAUGCAAGCAGAGAUACCUCGCGACAGUGUGAUUCCAUUCUGAUUUGUGUUGAGUUUCCGCCAACGUGCUUUCUCUCAAAUACUCUGGACGCGCACAUAAUAAUUAUUACUGUGUGUGACAUUUUGCUACAAGUAAGCGUGUGUAUUUCACAUCACCAUAAUGCUUCAGGCAAGGUAUCUUUCUGCUGCUGGGUCAGGCUUCUUGUUGUUAGAGAAGAUAAACUCAUACUCUGAUCUCCAGGCCCAACAAUAUUGCACACUUCGCGUACCUUUGUAUAACACUAUAGAGCAAUGACAAAACUAUUAAUUUUUAUAAUCAUGUGGCUACUACCAGAUGUGGAGUACCAUCGUUACCAUCUCUGACCCUUUUUAGAAUUAACUUCUGGCCGACAUUUCUAGGCAAGAGAACAUUUUCUUGCCUUUCAUACCAACCAUACAAUGAUAUAGUCAAGUAUCUUAUCAACACAUGUUCA